AUGUCGUCGACAUCGACAACAGAGAAGCGCUCGGAGGAGCGUGUCAUCCCCGCCAAAGCCGACGAGGAAGCUUUUCGCCAAGAGGGACUCACCAAGGAAGGAGAUGUCGACGUUGCUGAGCCAGACGCGAAUGCUUCGCCCAGGGAUAUUCAUGGCAUUCUCUGGGCAUUGGUUGUGGUCUCCAUUCUUUCCAGCAUUUUUCUGUACUCUUUGGACAACACCAUCGUCGCCGAUAUCACACCGGCCGUUGUAAACCGAUUCGGCGAUGUUGUCAAACUACCCUGGCUCUCUGUAGGAUUCCUCCUCGGUGGUGCCGCUGUCGUUCUACCUUGCGCGAAGCUCUACGGACUUUUCGACGCGAAAUGGAUGUACAUCAUUUCCUCAGUCAUCUUCAAUGUCGGCUCCGCUCUCUGUGGUGCGGCCCCCAACAUGAACGCGCUCAUCAUCGGUCGUGUGCUCGCUGGUGUAGGCGGUAACGGCAUGUACCUUGGUGUCAUGACUCUCCUCUCUGUCAUGACCACAGACAAGGAGCGUCCGGGAUACCUCAGCUUUGUUGGUCUUGUAUGGGGUAUUGGUACCGUUCUUGGCCCCGUGGUCGGCGGUGCCUUUGUCGAAUCGAAGGCCACCUGGCGCUGGGCGUUCUACAUCAACCUCUGCGUCGCUGGGCUGUUCGCUCCCGUCUACUUGUUCCUCAUUCCGUCCUUCAAGCCACAGCCUGGAAGAACUUUCAAGGAUCUCAUCAAGCAAUUCGAUGUUGUUGGCACAAUCUUGAACUUUGGCGCGAUCACCAGUCUCGUCAUGGCCAUCAACCUCGGUGGAUCGCUCUACGCCUGGAACAGCCCUCAAAUCAUCGCCCUCUUCGUUGUUAUGGCUGUUGUUUUUAUCAUCUUCGCCAUUCAGCAGGGCGUCCCCUUCUUUACCGCUCUUGAGAACCGAAUCUUCCCUGGCCAGUUUUUCCGCAACAUGAACGCACUGUUCCUCUUCAUUUGCGCAUCCGCCGUCAACACAGCUGGAUUCAUCCCAAUCUACUACGUCCCCCUGUACUUCCAGUUCACGAGAGGAGAUAGCGCCAUCGACGCCGCCGUUCGCUUGCUGCCCCUCAUCAUCGUUCUCAGCGCUUCCAUUCUCGCCAACGGUCAUUUAAUGGGACGCUUCAGCUACUUCCAGCCAUGGUACGUGGGUGGAAGUGUCCUGGCCCUGAUUGGUGGCGUUUUGAUGUCCCGUAUCACGGCAGGCACGCCCACAGCCAACAUUUACGGCUAUGAAAUUUUGCUUGGUAUCGGCACGGGCUGCUACAUCCAGGCCGGAUAUGCCGUCAUUCAGGCGGUCAUCGCCCCAGCUGACAUGGCCUACGGCAUUGGUUUCAUGAUGCUUGGUCAAUUGGGUGGCAUUGCACUUGGUCUCGCUGUCGCUGGCGCCGUGUUCAUCAAUGAAGCACUCUCUGGCCUCUCAGCUCUUUUCCCCGAUGUCUCCCGCUCCACCCUGCAGCUUGCCAUUACCGGAACGAGUGGCGCCUACUUCAAGUCUCUUAGUCCCGAGCUCCGAGAACAGUCGACAGAAGUCAUCGUCGCCGCCAUCGCCAAGACUUUCAUUCCGGUUUACGUCGGCGCUGCCGUCAGUUUGGUGGUGUCCGUCUGCUUCACGAAACGUAAGCUCUAUGGGGACAUUGUCGCUAUCGCAGCAUGA